AAAUUACCUUGGCAGCAUGUGGCAGUGCCGCGGAAGCAAAGCUCUUUACGUUCUUCGUACCAGCUCGUACCCGCACAGUGUACUUAUUGUACUUACAGAGCUUCAAGCUACAAUGUGAGGGGAGUAUUGCCUCACUGGCUCUAAGUUCAUUAAACUCGAAAAUUGCAUAUGCGUCCGCGCACCGAAUUCGUAGCCGUUGCGUUGAGUAGCGGCCAGUUCGGACUCUCAAUCAUCACAUCUUUUCUUGCUUCCUUCACCGCGUCCGCUUUUUGCCAACUAACCAUGGGGGUCUCUGUCGUCCAAGGGCAAUUCAUCUCACUGUUCUGUGAAACAUGCUUCUACGGAAUGUACACAGUUCUGUUUAUGACUUUGCUCGUGAAUUACAGGGAGAGGCCAGCCACCAGCCGCUCAGUUCAGAUAAUUCGAGCAAUCACAAUCUUUCAAUAUUGCAUGGUGACGGUGCAUAUAUCGCUGGCAUUCUAUCAAAAUUACCUAGCUUUCACGGUGUUUGACGAUGCUGAAACCGAAUUCAACAAGCUUGGGGCCGCUUCGUAUACUCUUGCACAGUUGGCUAUCGAAUGGACUAAUUGUGCAUGUGCUGAUUCCAUUCUGAUAUGGCGUGUAUGGAUUUUAUGGAACCAUAGUCUUUAUGUGGUCAUUUUACCAAUAAUCCUUGUCAUUGUUUCGACCACUUCGGGAUAUCUCGUUUGCUGGUCCAUGAACGCCGUUGAUAGUUCUGCUUCAUCCGAUUUUGGGGAUCUUUUCGGUCCUGCCGUCGAGAAAUGGGCGAUCUUACUUGCUAUCUGCGUUAUGCUCACGAAUAUAAUAUGUACUGGGAUGAUCGCUGGUAGAAUAUGGUGGCACAAUCGCGAAACGCAAAAGGCUAUGGGUCUCGAUGGUAUGCCGCAUAAGUAUCGAACAAUUUUCUAUGGUAUAUUGGAGUCGGGAGCACUGUAUCUUCUUGCAUGGAUAGUGGCGAUUCUUCUGUACCUGAUCAAUACUUCAGCAAUCAUACCCAUGCUCGAUAUCAUCUCUCAAUUAUCGGGAAUCGUACCUGCUCUCAUCGUCAUCAUCGUCUCGCGAAGUAUCGAUGCAGCUACACACUAUGAAGAAGCUCUUACCACAAUCAACUACCGGCGUAAUUCUCGCAUGCAAAUGGGUACCUCUUGCACAGUGGACCGCGAGCUCAGAGCAUCCCCGAAAAAUUCUCUCGAAAUGAUUCCAGUACAUUUAACAAACUCUUAUGAACCUGAAAGUCCUGCAAGGGAGAAAAGAAUGGUAUUCGCGGAAAAUGCUAGUUUGGAAAAGAUACCGAAGCAUACUGCAACCACGGGGACACGCACAACGGUUAGUGGGGCAAGUAGCAGAACGAUGGGGGCUGGUUCCGGAGGAGAAAGUAGUACUGGAGAUAUAAUUUGAUAUGAGGUUAGAAUAGUCACUGUAUCUGUAAUUGUCAAGCUCUCCAUCAAGUUACGCCGUUUUGAGGAUGGUUCUAGCAUCGUUGAGGAUGUUCCGAUAAGAUAAUCUUUAUGAUGAUUUGAAAGAGUUCUUA